AUUGCUAGACGCGUCAUGGGCUUUCUCUCUCCCCCCGAGUUAUUCCCCAGUUUACCUUCGGACGAGCCUGUAAUGGACUACUCCAGUUCUCCCAGCAACCUGGACGGAUUUUAAGAAGCGCUGGCAUUUUUUUAAGCCCCCUUCAAGACAUUUUACCCUUUCAAGUCAGAAGGAUGGCUGAAAAGGAGCCCGAAUCGCCUGGAAAAUUAAAGACAUUAUUAUAGCCAGAACUGGCUUUUUCGGAAUAGAGGGCCUAUUCGAACGGACUAUUUCCUUUCACAACUUUCCCCGCUGUGGAUAAUGGAUGGCAGAGAUUUUGGUCCUCCCCGAUCCGUCCACGUACCACCUUCGUUGUUGGCGGGGCUCGCGAUGGACUCUCACUCCAUCCGGCUCGGAGCAGCUGCUGCAGCCGGGAGGAUCCCUCCCUCCUCCGGUCACUUGCUGGGGAGUCAGCCGCAGCCUCUCCACUCCGGAAAAUUCUUGCCAUCGGCCAUUAACCUACAUCCACACCACAGCGAUGCCUUCCCGGCAGGCUCCAGCCCCUUCCUGUCAGGCUAUCCAGGCCCCUCCUCUCUGACCUCUGACCCUGCAUACAGAUCCGCAAAUCCCAGCAGUCUGCAGAUGGCUCAGCUGUGGGCAUCGCAUGCUCAUGAUGGCUACCCCCCUCUUCCAAGCAGCCUGUACUCCAGCCCUUACCUGGGGCACCUGGGGCACCUUGAGCCUCCCUCGCUCUCCCAGCACCCUCUCUAUGAUUCUCAUAAAGAGGGAUAUUACCUGCCAUCCUCCCUGAGGCAGUCACCUCUCCACCCCCCGUCUGCUGCCUCCAAUACCCCGUCCAGCUCCACACCCCCACAGAGGACAUCCCGGGAAGGGGUGAGGGAAAGGUCUUAUCGGGGAGAGAGGGAUAGAGACAGGGAAAGGGAGCGGGAACGUUCAAGAGAGGAGCAGCGGCCGCAGAGCGUGGUGGACUUGACACAGGACGGGAGAGGUGAGGAGGACCGCAGGGUAGGCAGGGAACGGGAACGAGAGAAGGAAAAGGACCGGGACGCAGAAAGAGACAGAGAUGGUUGGUCCUUCCAUCUACACCAGCAAAAGUCACACUCCCAGCCUUCCACAGUGGAGCCCAGAUCCAGGCUGUCAUCUCCACAGACCUCCUUCCCUCCUGGUGGGGGUGGAGGAACAGGCAGGUUUCAUGGACCAGAACCAGACAGAGGGAGUCGGGACGAGGAUAGCGGCUCUCGACUCCACCAUAACUCUAAUGCGAAUAACUCAAACCCUCAUUCAGAGAGACAUAGGAGGAAUGACUCUGUAGCCACGUCAGCUGGAACCCUCCACAUAUCCUAUGUCCUUCCUCCUGCUCUCCAGUCCUCAGCAGCUGGAGCACCCCACCUUUCCACAACCAGAGAGUCUGUCAGGGAGCAACGCAUAAGCGCACCUACGUAUGUGCCUUCUGUGGAGGUUUAUGAUGAGCAGGCGGGGCCGAUCCAGAUAGCAUCACAAGCGCGCGACAACAAACACAGAGACAGAGAACGGGAGCGUGACAGAGACGUGGAGCAUGAACGGGACAGAGACAGAGAGAGGGAGAGCUACAGGUUUCAUGAGAAGAUCCUCAUGGAGCAUCCUCGGCUCUCCCACUCAGGCGAUUUAAGCAAUCAAAGAGAGGAAGGUUCUGUGAUUUGUUCCAAUGGUUCCGUUGGUAAACGAAACCAGGACACAUCCCUCUCCUCCAUUCAAUCAAGGUUCAGCCCAGAAACCAGGGACAUCUCUAAACACUCAAACAGAUUAGGCAUAGAGCGAUCUGCGGCAGAGCCCAAGUGGAAUCCUAUCAGUCCGGUGACCAAAUACGCUACAAGUCACAUGGCUGCUCUGGCAGCCCAACACACGCUUUCUUCUCCCCACAGCCAGCAGACACACACGCGAAUGUCACAGUCCCCUCACACAUCCCAUCGACACAACAGCAACACACAAUCGACCCACAGCCAUUCCCCCCAAACACACUCCUCCCAGCACGGACACGGGCGUGCAAGCGAAGAGGGUAGUCAGAGACGCUACCUGGACCCAUCGGCACUCUACCGACCAGGGGGUUCCAGCGGUGGAGAGCGUGGUGGGGGAUUGGGUUCGGAUUCUAAAGAGGUUUCGGCCAUGCAGAGCCUGAUCAAAUACAGUGGAAACUUUGCUGCUGAAGGCCCUGGUUCCUCCAGGAACAUCACGGACGGCAGAGGGCCCUUUGGUGGAUUGGGGAACAUUGGGAUGGAAAUCGAGAGGGAAAAGGAGAGGGAGAAAGAGAGAGAGCGAGAAAGGGAGAGGGAUAGGAUAGCAGUUGGCUCCGGUGGUUCAGGAGCAUUAAGGAUGCCUCAGCUGAAGAGAGAACAGGAGCGACCCGACAGUGCCCGCUCCUUUGGUCGGGAAGGUGAGGGCGAGGUGCGCCACCCUCCGGUUGGGAUUGCUGUUGCUGUGGCUCGGCAGAGAGACAGCGGGGCCACCAGUAAACAGACGAGUGGGAGCUCAGACACACAGAGACCCCUGCUGCAAACCGCUAUUAAAGAUGAAGAACGUGGAGAGGACCGUGCUCGCCACCACAAUGACAGACUGCUGGCUGGCCGGCUCGAACGUGAGCAGGAGAAAGUGCUCAGAGAGUCCAAGGAACUUGCAGAGUUUACUCAGAUGCACCCUGCCCCACUAUCUAGCGGCUUGACACCCAGCAUGAUGACGUCCAGCCUCAUGACCCCAAACCUUGUGGUCACUGGAGGGGCCGCUCUGGCAGGGGCAGGACGAUGGCCUCCUGACCCCUCAACUUUGACCUCUCACUCGUGGAUACCCCGGUCUGGAGCUCCCCCAGUUUGGCUCUCUGGCUCUCCAUACAGCCUGGGUCCCUCUUCACUCCACCAGACCCUCCCCCCAGGCUACCCACCCUCUCUGCCAGGCUCGAUGCCCCCUCCCUACCAGUUUGCCAGAGAUCCGCAGUCUGGACAGCUAAUCGUCAUCCCAUCCGAACACCUGCCACACUAUGGUGGUGAUGUACUGGAGCGUGGAGCCCCAGUGUGGUCGGGUGUGUACGGUACAACCAGCACUUUGCAGCAUGCGGCCCAGCUGCAGCUCCUCUCUCAGCAGCAAAUCCUCCGACAACACGAGCUACUCAUGAUUCAGCAGCACACAGCGCAGGUCCUGGAGCUACAGAGGAAUGCACAGAUAGCUGAGCGCCUAAAGGCCAGUGAGCACCGGCCAGAGAUGGAAGACAAAGCAGACAAGCGUAACACUGACUCAAAGCCCAGACCCUCCUCAAUUUCAUCCCCGUCUCCCUCACCGGUGCUGCAUCCCCGCAAACCACCUCCUUCCUCUCGAUCUCCAACCCCGUCGACAUCGUCCCUAACCCCGCUGCCUCGGCUCCCCUCUCCAGUGACCACACUGAAGUCAGAGGAAGGUGGGCAGAGAGUACUGUCUCCGCCGAAGCCCCUGCCUCACCCGCCUUCACCCCGUUCGGCGUCUCCCCCCCCUUCCUCGCCACGGCGGCCUAAACAAGAGAUGUCUGAAGAGGGGGAGGUGGGACAGAGGGAACAGAGAGAGGGGCAGAAACCGACCUCUGCACCCUUUCAAAGCAUGUACGCCGAUCUCCCUCCAGGUUAUCCUUACCAGUCCAUCACGGCCCCAUUUGGCUCACCUUUUCCUCCUUAUCACAUCCCAACACCCACAGGGGAAAAUGCAGAAGCUGUCCCACCCCGUCGUGUCUGCUCUCCUGCUUUAGCUGCCCCUUUGCCCUCAGCCCAUCUCCAUUCAAGGCUUUUGGACACAGAUAUCAUGCCUCAAAAGCUAGAGCAGUCAAAGUCGGCAUCUUUCCUCAAACAGGAACCUGAUGUGGAGCAGGGAAAGCUUGACAUAACACCAGAGCCACUCGGACCUCUUCAGCAAAGCUGUAGUCCUGCCCAAGUCACCCAGGACAAUGAAGAUGACAGGGAACCCCCAAAGCCACAGCCUCAACCGUUACCUCUGCAUGUCCCUAGUCCUCCACCACAACGAGCCAGAGGGCUGGAAAUCAGGGAGGAAGAGAAGGAAGAAGGUCAAAUCAAAAUAGAAGUUUCAGCUUACUCAUGUCUGACAGCAUAUUCUGAGCCUCCUACACUCACAGAAGCUGAACCUAAAUCCAAGGUCAUAAAGGAUCCAGACCAAACACAUUAUGCAGAGUGCAUCAGCACAGAUUCAGACAGACAAGAACUGUCUCAGACAUGUGCAUCACUAGAUCAAACCACCAGCGCUUCAUGUGAACAGGAACAGCCAGACAGUCCAGUCAUCUUGGAUGCUCCGAGUCCAAAAGAAAGUCUGGUUGAUCCUCCUCUCUAUCCACUUCCUGCCCCUACCUCUCCACUUCCACUUGUCAUCAGUUCAGAAGAUCCCAUGUCAGGGAUGCUCGCCUUAUUGACAGCUAGUGAGAUCGUCCAUCCUCUAUCCAUCACCCCACCUGCCCCAACACUCAUACCACAGAUUGAAAGCUGCAGCACUGCAGGACCUAUGGAGAUGGUGGCGCUGGAGGGGAUGGCCCUGCUUAGCCAAAUGGCUCAGCAAGAGUUAGAAAACAGCCAUAAGGAGCAAGAUGUGACAUUAGAGGGUCUAGACUGUCUUCUUGAAGCAAGCAAACAAAUCCUUCUGGAGGCCAUAGAGAAACAAUCCCACAUUGAUCUGCCCAGAACGCUGGACCCCAACAAGAAGUACAGCUGGCGGCUGAGGAAAGAGGAGCCGCUGUACAGUAAACUGCCUCUGGAUGUGUUGGACACAAUGGAAGUGGAACUCCGUGUCCGCUUGGCUGAGCUGCAGAAGACUUAUAAAGAGAAGCAGAGAGAGCUCAGCAAGCUCCAGAGACGCAGAGACAAGCGUGAGCGCCAGCUGCAGGAAGAUGAGAGGCGCAGUCUGACCAGACGGGGUAGAGGGCGACCUAGAAAGAGGAAACACUUGGCCACACCUACCAAACUGGACAGCAGGCCUGGAAAGGUGGGUAGGGCGGUGCAAUACUCGGAGGAUUCUGAAGCAGGGGAAGGACAAAGGAAGAAGUUCCGGGUGUCCAGAGAAGAAGAGGAGACAGAGGCAGGAAGUGGAGGCUUGAAAGUGAAAAAGAAGAAAAAGAAGAAGAGCUGGAAUGACACGGAGCCAUCUACCAGUCAUCCGCUGGAGGUGCUAAAGGCAAAGCGCGGCCUCCUAUGUGAGCAGGAGCAGCUGGCGUCAGACCUCGACAGAGCGCUCUCUCUCUCGCAGCUCGGCUCUCUCGGCGCAUCACGCAAAUUCACCUCCAGCACGAAAUCGGAGAAGUCGAAGAGCAAGUCUGUGGAAAGUCGACUCAAGGAGAGAGGAAUCCACUCCUCGGUGAAAGCAGGAAAACACAAGAUGGCUUCCGAGGCUUCUGCUUCAGACGCUGCCCGGAAAGUGAAAGGUCAGAAGAAGACAGCUUUGUUCUCUCCCAUGAGAUCAGAGCUCAGCAGCUGCUCUAACAACUCCGAUUCAGAGGAGCACACUUCUGCUCGAGGGGGCUGGCCCCCUCUCUCAGGGACGCGCUCCCACGGCAGCCUGCCCAGGAAGAGGCGGUCCACUUCAUCGCCGACAUCCCUGCUAUCCAGUGAGAAAUCUCUGAAGAAGAAACACAAGCACUUAUCCCUACUGCUGGAGGAAGCGGGCCUCAGCUCCUCUGACGACUCCUUCGACCAAGAAACCUCCGAGGACGAGGAAGAGUCGGAUUCAGACGACGACCCCGGUUGUGAGGAGAGCGGGCUGGGUCUGCUGGCCAGGUUUGCGGCGAGUGCGCUCCCUGUCAGCUCGGCCUCUUUGAGCCUCCACCACGACAGCAAACACUGCAGCAGGCAAAGCACUCUGGGUUCAACAGAGUGCGAGUGGUCAGACUCUGGCUCGGACGUGCGGUUAAGGAAGUUCCCUUCUCUGCUGCACGGAAAACGCUCCGCCCCCGAGCUCCCCCUUUUGCCACCAGCGACCCGCCGCGUUGACCAGAGUAGCCCCACCAAGCGAGACGAGGCGCUGCAAGUCAAACGCAAACCUCUGCCCAAAUUACGCCCUACGCCUCGCUCACCCCGGAGAUUUAGUUUAGACCUCGCCAGCAGCUCUGGGUUCGGAGGUUUCAGCGAGGAUGAGGGCUGGAACCGCCGACGCAGCGAGAGGAUUUUUCUCCACGAUGCCACGGUUUCAGCCUCCACCCCUUCCACCAGUCAGAGCUCCUCGUCCUCCUCCACCAGCUCAGCCCCACCGAUAACACCGAAGGCCGUCUCCAGACCGAAGCCCACUCAGCCCAGCAGAGACGGGAAAGACGUAGUGAAAAAAAAGAAGCUGAAGGACUCUCCUCUGCCUGUGAGCCCGUCCACUCUGUGCAGUCCAGUCACAGACAGCCCUGCACCGCUGAGCCUCAGCCUGGCACGUAAGAGUCAACCAAAACCCAAGACCAAAGCCAGAGAGCCUUCCAGGGGUGCGGUGAGCCGGCUGAUGGAGAGCAUGGCGGCAGACGAAGACUUCGAACACAACCAAGACAGCAGCUUCAGCGAGGACGAACUCCUCCCAGCACGAAGCAGCAGCGUGUCAGAGAGUGCCUCGACUCCCGCUCCAGUGCAGUGUGUGCUAGAUAAGGACUCUCUGGUGGACGGACUCAGAGUAUUGAUCCCGAUGGACGACCAGCUACUGUACGCAGGACAUGUGAACACUGUACACUCCCCUGACAUAUACAGUGUGGUGGUGGAGGGGGAGCGAGGAAACCGACCGCACAUCUACUGCUUGGAACAACUACUCCAGGAGGCUAUCAUUGAUGUGAAGCCUCCAUCCGUGCGCUAUCUCCCUGAGGGCACCCGCAUCGCUGCCUACUGGAGCCAGCAGUACCGCUGUCUUUACCCCGGCACUGUUGUCAACGGAAGUUCAGACAUCGAUGAGAAUGACGAUCUCAUCACGGUGGAGUUUGACGAUGGCGACACGGGCCGCAUCCCUCUCUCACACAUCAGACUGCUGCCGCCAGACUACAAGAUCCACUGUGCCGAACCAUCCCCGGCUCUGCUCGUGGCCAGCUGUUCCAGGAGGAGGGUCCGCAAAUGCAGCAAAGAGGGUAAAGAGGCGGGAGCAAAGCCAGAGGAGACCACACCCAAGAUCAAGGGAAAACCUGGUCGCAAACCCAAACCCAAACCAGAGAGCUCCAUGAACUCAGACGGUCGGGAGAAAGCUGAUCCUCCACCUUCCUCCACCCAGCCAGUUGAAAGACCCCAGGCUCCAGCCAAGCCCGCCCAGGAGCGACCCUCCUCUGUCCAGAAACCAGCUCAGGAGAAACCCCGCCCUGCAUCCCGGCCAACACUGAGAACCCAAACAAAACCAGGCCGAAAGAGCUCUGCUACAUCCCCAACAAGCAGCCCUACGCUUUCCAGUCCAGUGCCCAGGAAGAGCAGUCCGGCGCAGCCUCCAGCUUCUAAAGCAGCUCGUUCUCUCCCUCCCUCGCUCUACCCCUCCACCUACGGUAAGGUCCUGACUGUGGAUCUGUACAGCGAGCCAAACCUCAGCUCGUACAACAGCCAGCGCAGAGAGAGGGAGAAUAACAGCAAUGUCAGUCCUACUGCAAACAGGCCAAUGUCUAGGCCCAGUAUAACUGCUUCGUCUACUGCAUCCAAGCCUGCUGCGUCAUCCACACCCAGACCUACUUCUAGUUCCUCGCCUAAAACCAAACCCUCCUCAGACCAUCACAGCAGCUCUAGACCCAGCCUAAACUCGGGACUCAUGCCCAGCCCCAUUUCUAGGCUGUCAGCAGGCAAAACCAGCUCUUCUCUGACUCCCAGACCUUCAUCAUCAUCUUCAAUAUCGUCAUCCUCGGCUCCCAGACCUAAAAUCAAGAUGCCGUCCGACCAGCUGUCGUCCAGGCCGAGCUCCAUCUCCAGGCCCAAGACCAGCUCUGGGCAGGGUGAUGUGAGGCGGAAGUCUCUCUCCGCAGAGCCCCUCGUGAAGCUCGACCACGAAGGAGUCACCUCCCCUAAAACUAAGAAGACGAAGGCUCUGAUGUUGCUGGAAGGUCGUGAAGUUAGGCGAGACCACACCCCCAUUAGCACAGCCACAGCCAAUCAAAAGCUACUAAAGCCUAAAGUGAGAGCUCCGGGUAGUGAAACUGGUGUGCCAGACAAGGACUCAACCUACAAAGCUCCAUUGAUGGCUAAAGAGAAGGCAGACAGUCGUGGAGGUAGAGGACAGGAGGUGGACACAAGAGAGGAGAAAGGUAAAAAGGAGGAGAACAAGGAGGUGGAGAAGAGGGAGGGAAGAAAGAUGAAAGAGGAAUCGCAGAGCAGCAGCAGCUCAGACUCGGAGGAAGAAGGAGAGAAAGGGAAAAUCAAGAAGAAGAAGAAAUGCACCUCAAGUUGCUCUUCAUCGUCUUCAUCCUGCUCUGGUUCUUCCUCAUCUUCUUCCUCAUCGUCAUCUUCAUCAUCAUCUUCGUCGACUGACGACUCCUCCUGCAGCUCAGAUGAAGAGAGGACUCCUACACCUCCACCAGCCUCAGUCCAGAAGCCUCCAGAACAAGAUAAACCUAAAGAAGAAGCAAAAGAAGAAGAAGAGGAGGAGGAAGAGGAGGUGAAGAAAGAGGUUGAGGUGAAAAUGGAGGAGGAAGAACUGUCUCCACCACCGCAGUCUCCCUCCCCUUCAACCUCUCCAACAGCUGCUGCUCCUGCUCCCUCUAAACCGGCUAAGCCAGCCACCGGAAAGGGCUCCGGACAAAGGGGUCGUCCUCCAAAACCAAAGCCCAGUGGAGGAGAGGGGAAAGCGGGGAGGCCAAAGAGGAGAGAGGGGGUCCACCUUCCCACGACUAAGGAGCUGGCUAAACGUCAGAGGCUUCCAAGUGUGGAGAACAGGCCCAAAAUUUCAGCUUUCCUUCCUGCACGACAGCUCUGGAAGUGGUUUGGGAAACCCACUCAGAGACGCGGUAUGAAGGGCAAGGCAAAGAAGCUCUUCUACAAAGCCAUUGUGCGUGGCAGAGAAAUGAUCCGCAUCGGGGACUGUGCAGUGUUCCUGUCCGCCGGCCGCCCCAACCUGCCCUUCAUCGGUCGCAUCCAGAGCAUGUGGGAGUCCUGGGGCAGCAACAUGGUGGUCAGGGUCAACUGGUUCUAUCAUCCAGAGGAGACGAACCCCGGCAAGAAACUCACAGACAAGAAGAACUGGGAUCAGAUAUGCGGUCAGUCUUUACCAGCAGCUCUGCACUCUUCCAUCCAGAGGAAAGACUUUAUGGAGCGCGCCCUCUACCAGUCGUCUCACAGCGACGAGAACGACGUGCAGACGGUCAGCCACAAGUGCCUGGUGGUGAGCGUGGAGGAGUACGAGCAGAUGACCCACACUCGCCGCUACGCCGACAGCGAGGACCUCUACUACUUGGCCGGCACCUACGAACCCACCACGGGGAUGAUCUUCAACACCGAUGGAGUUCCAGUCAUCUGCUAAAAAAAAAGAAAAAAGAAAAGAGAAACUCACUACGAGUUGAUAAAACCAAAUUGUGACCCGGCUUACUUUGGACCUCACUGGGAAGGAGUCAGUACCCAACCUGUCAAAUCACUGAUUUUCACUGGCGGUGGAUCUUUUCACAGACUCCAUGAACAGAACUGCUCUGAAACACUUUAAGUAAAACAAAAAAAAAGCAAAAAAUUAAGAAGACAGUCAUGAACAGCUACUACUACAGAAACUGGAGACACUAUGUAGACAGUAUUAGAAGAAACGCGUCUCUUGAAACAUUUGCACACACGAACGUCAUGAACACGCUUCUGUUUUCCUUGUUGUGUUCAUGGGAAAGCUUUUCGAACACGCAUGAACACUUCGGUCUCCUUUUACAAGUAAAUGCACCCUGUCUAAAGAGACACACGUACGCUCACGCGUGCACAAAAGCAAUGUAAAUACAGACGCCAUGUGACACAGUUAUAUAGAGGACAAUAAUGAGUGUUUUUAUUUUCAUCUAAUAGAUUUAUGUCCGAGUACUUUUUUUCUAAAGAGGUAAACAGUCAAGAAGCUUUAAUGAACUGUGAAUGAAGAUGCAGGAGAUGCAGGCCUGUGUCAGUCUGUCCACCCCCAAACCUGCCCCCCACCCACCCA